UCGUAACCGAUAUGUCCACCUCUACCGCAGAAGUACCCUGUUUUAAAUGUAUUUCUUAUAGAGCUCAACUUGAGCAAAAAGAAGCAAUUAUUGCAAAGUAUCAAAAAAUCGUUCAAUUCCAAAACGAUCUUAUUCAGGAUUUUUCUCAUGGUCAAAAGAUUACCGCAACUAUUGAUACUACUGAUAGCGGAACCGUAUUAGCUGCUCGUGAAAAAUUUAAUCGAAGCUAUUAUCGUACUUAUAUUGGACCUUUGACGGACGAAGUAGAUAAAGGAUCAUUGAAGCAAUGUCUUGAAAAGUCAUUUGGUCCGGUUAAUAAUAUUGAUUUUAUUCCCGGGAAGUCUUGUGCUUUUGCGAAUUUCUCUUCUCCAACCGCGUAUCAUAAUGCUAUAAGCGAAGGUGCUAUAAUGGUAAACGGUAUUGUCUUGAGUGUCGAACAAGCCAAGAAACCAAAAUAUCGUUCUUUUAAAAAGUAGUGAUCUUCAAAAAACGUAAUUCUAAUGUCGAGGAUUGACGAUUGAUACAGAAUUUAUUACGAGUAUUUUUUGCGAUUUUUGUACUCUUGUUAUAGUAUCUGCAAUUUAU